UAUCACAGGUUUUCGAAAUCAAAGAUUAUCAAUAUGAACGAACAACAAAAUUGCCACAGAAGGUUGUCUUCUGCAGUAAUUAUGGUUUUCGUGAUUUGUACCUUGUAUUCUAGUGCUUCAUCUCAUCAAUCAUGGACAUCUAACCAGAACGGUCUUCUUCUACCAUCCUCCGUGAAGUUAGGAUCUUCUUGUAAAUCUUCGUUAGUCUGUCUUCUGUUCAUUCCCAACAGUUACUGCAGCUGGGAUAAAGGAAUAUGUAGUUGUCGCUUUUAUCAUGUCCAAUUCAAUCAUACAACAUGCUUACCACCCACACUUCUAGGAUUUGGAUGUGCCAUAGAUGCUCAGUGUCAAGUGAAAGUCAAGAACAGUCGAUGUGUCAAUGGUUUGUGUGAAUGCCAACCUAAUUUUAUUCCAUUCAGACUAGACAAAUGCUUACCCGUGGCAAAGAUAGGAGACUACUGUCUGAACCAUGAACAAUGCCGAUUAUCAGAUAAGUACACCUACUGUGAUUGGAUAAUUUCUGAUAUCUACGGCAAAUGUCAGUGUCCGUUAAAAUACUUGUUGACAGGCAACAAACGCUGUUUACCACUUCUUGGCAACAAGUGCAAAACUUCUGAGGACUGUAAUGAAGCAACUCCUGGUUCUUAUUGUAAGAAACACAAGAAAAUAACCAUAUGUGAAUGCCGAGAAGGAUUUAGAUCCUCAAAAAACAAACUCCGUUGUGAAAGAAACAAAAUCCAGGAUCCUGUUGAACAAAAAAUAUCUUCUGCGACAGCUAUUUCUCUCGGUAAACGAUGCAGCAAAGAAGCUGAAUGCCAAGCUAGAGAUCGUUACAGUACCUGUAUCAAUGGAACAUGUGAAUGUAUAGCCAAAACUUCCUCUUGUAAUGCAGAUAACACUGGUUGCCUCAAAGACACAUUUCAAUGUAGAAAUGGGCAGUGCGUUUCUUGGUUCUUUGUGUGCGAUGGUAAAAAAAACUGCGUCGAUGGCACUGACGAGGACGAAUGUUUACGUUACAAAUGCCCAAAAGAGUCCUUUCAAUGCAACGACGGAUCCUGCCUCUCCAGAUCUGUUGUGUGUAACGGGAGGUGGGAGUGUCCAGAUGGGAGUGAUGAAGCAAGGUGUUAUAAAGGAAUAGUUUGCGACAAGUAUUCCUUCCAGUGUGCCAGUGGCCAGUGUCUUCCACAGUAUUCUUUAUGCAACGCAGUUACAGAUUGUAAAGAUGGAAGUGACGAGCUUGAGGCCAUGUGUACAAAAGGUGAAACUUGCCCUAGCAAUGGUUUCCUGUGCAACAAUGGUCAGUGCCGGUCAACAGCUGUCCUAUGUAGUGGACUUGAUGGUUGUGGAGAUAACAGUGAUGAAGACAGAUGUGACGUGUGUUAUUGCGAGAAGCCAUGAAAACACUGAACAGACUCUGAAGUGCCUGAAAGAACUUUAAUUUAUUUUUAUGUUAGUGAUUUCAACACGUUUGUUGCCGCUUUUAGCUGGGUAAAGUGGUAAAAGAAAUUUAAUUUACAAAAUUUAUCAUAAUAGUGUUGGAGGUGCUUGUUAUACAUGUGCUCAUGAGUAAACGUAGCCAGUCCUAUAUGUGAACUUAUUUCAAGAUAAUUACCAUGAUUUGUCUUAUAAACAGUAUUCAUACUGUGAUGAUUUCCAUUUAGACAUUAA